AUGAACAUUCAGUCUGCCAUCAACAAAGAGGUCUUCAUCCCUCGUGAUGAGCGGAUGCUGGUGGCAGUGGAGGUGUGGAGGCGGAAAAGGAAGAGACUAUCCAUCCUACUAAGUGGAGCCAAAGCAGAGUAUGCAACAUUCAUCUGUGUGUCAGUGACUAACACGAGGCCACAUCAGCUCCUCAUAACAAAGGUGAAGCGAUUCGGUGGAUCCUCCUCCUUCACUAGGAGGUCCAAGUGGACGGUGGAGCAGCUCCGACAGGUCAAUGGCAUCAACCCAAACAAGGACACCCCGGAGUUUGACCUGGGGUUUGACAAUAGUGUGGAUCAGUGGGUGGCCAACUCAUCAGCAGAGAAGUGUAUCUUUAUCCACAUCCUGUACCAUGCCUGCCAGACCUACUGGACAGAGUUCAUCAACUGCCAGUCCAAACUCACAAGAGGUAGUGCCACACCUGUGGGUAAUGUAGUCCAGAGGGUGAACGUGGCUCUGGGGGAGCGUGGAGACAGACUGACUCGUGCUGAGGACAAGACUGUGGAGCUGAUGCAAAAAGCUCAGCAGUUUGCAGACACUGCUCACAAGCUGGCCCUGAAUUAUUCAAAGUAGAGUCUUUAAAGGAGGAGGAUGAAUUCUACAGGAUGUUGAAGAUGAGUCUUGUAACAUGAGCAAUAACACUGUCUGAUGCACUCUGGGCUCAGUCUGUUUGUG